GCGUAUAAUCAAGCUACAUAUGAAACUUUUUGUGUGACGCACAUUGCUUGCGCAUUUCGUGCGCACUUCGUAUAUUCAUAUGUGUAUAUAUAUAAAUAUAUAUAUAUGUAUAUAUUAUAACAAAAAUCAAAUUAAAAAGAAGUGAUUAGCUUUAAAGAAAUGGCAAAUUAAAAAGUUGAUGACGCACUUUUAUAAAUUCAUAUUACAUAUUAUCACUUCUUUUAAGUGGCGAAAAAAUGUGAUACUUAGAAUGAUUAAUAGUAAACAAAAUUCAAAUACUAGUUUUUUUCCUAGUGACUUUGAUUCUUUUUUAUUUUAUAUAAUAGUAAUCUGAUAAUAAACUGAUCCGGAUAUCUGUUGUAUGUUUGAUACUUGUGGUGUUGUCACAGAAUCGUGAUAUUGUAAAUAAAAAAAGCAGAAGGAUUGGUAUCACUGAGUAUUAUUCACUUACUUACACAGAUACAUAGAGUGUUUAACCUAAACGUAAAGUCAGAGGAGUAUGGCUGUAUACUAUUUGAGAGAGUGUCUUCAGCAAUGAAAAUGAAUAAUCGUUUAGUACUCAAGUGAAUUAUUGUUGUUUUACAUAGCUUUUUUAGCAUGGAGUUAGGAUUAUCCAACACAUUGUUAGCGGGUGAUCCACGAUUAGUUGAUCAUAUCGUUGGAGAAGUUAAAUCUCAAGGGAUUUUCGAUCAGUUUCGUAAAGAAUGUAUCGCUGAUGUUGAUACAAAGCCAGCAUAUCAGAAUUUACGUACAAGAGUGGAAGGAUCUGUAAAUUCCUUCCUUAGUAAACAAUCAUGGAAACCAGAUUUAAACAAAAAUCAAGUACGAGAAACUUUGCGCAAACACAUUCAUGAGGCUCCUUAUUUGGAUGCUGGUGUAGAGCGUAUAGUAGAUCAAGUUGUAAACCCAAAAGUGUAUUCUGUUUUCAUGCCUCACAUUGAAGAUGUAGUAUAUAAGUUUCUUGGCUUAGAAAGACCUAAAGCAAAAGAAAAAAAUGGUGCUUGUGGCCUUAAAGACUUACUACCUAAAGAUCUAGAUCCUGUUUCACCAGAGUCUGACAAAAAUAGUUUGAAAGAUGUGUCUUUGGAAUCAAUAGAUGCAAUGGAAGAUUUAGAAAUAACGAAAGAAGAGAAAUUAUUUCAUGAAGUAAAAUUGCAGGAAGAAGAAAUUUCUAAUGAGAAUGAUAAAGAUAAUGUUUCUGAGAACGGGCAAAUUUCAUCCGAGGAAAAAUUAUUAUAUGAAAGUGGUAAAAAUCUUCAUAAGACUGAUAGCAAUUUAAAUUUAAAUACAUCUGGAAAGUCAGAUGAUAAGACAGAAGAGGAAGAAGAAGAUAGUCCUACCUUUGAACCAAUAGAUAUUAUGAAUUUAAAUGAAUCUAAUAUUUCUAAUGAUUCACAUUUAUCAGGAAUAUCAGAAUUAACUAGCCAUAGAUCUAGAAGCCCUGAUUUUUGUAAUGAACUGUCAAGAGAUAAUUUUGAUUAUAGUAAUCAAGACUCACAGUUAAGUAAAGUUUCUUCUGAUUCUCGAUUAUCAAUUGUAACAGACUUUGGAUCUUCGAAUCAUGCAUCAACACCUAUACACGAUGCAUUGAAAGACGAAGUCAAUAAAGACAAAUGUGAUGUUAAAAAUAUUAAAGACAAUUUUAAAGCUGUCAGAGAAUAUGAAUCUAAUAAAAAUAAAAAUAGAAGUAUUUUUGAAUUAAAUAAAGGUAAAGAUGUACAAGAUGUUAAAGAUUCUAAAACUAAUAAAUACAAUUUACCGCCUAAAGAAAAUUCUCGCGAUGCUACGGAUAGUAGUACGAAAGAUAAAUAUGAACAUAAACAUAGAGACAGAAGUAGAGACAGUGAGUCUAAAUCAAAGUCAAGAGACAGGAAUCAUGUGAAAGAUGGAAAACAUCAUAGAGACAGAAGUAGCGACAAAAAGAAGCAAAGAAGUCAUAGCAGUACAAAAUAUGAUAAGUAUGACAAAAGUAAGUCUAAAGAGAAAGGUGAUCAGCCAAAAGAUAACAUAGAUAAAAGUAAAGACACGGAAAAAGAUAAUUAUACAAAAAUGAAAGAAGACAAAAUAAAAGAAUCAGAUAAAAAAGAUAGCAUUAGUAAAGAAGGAAAGGAUUUGAAGGAUCUCUACAAAGAAAAAAUUAGAGAACUUAGAGAGAAGAAAGAAUUAACAGAAAAGGAAAAAUUAAAUAAAGAUAACAGAGAAGCAAAACCAAAUAAGGAAAAUAAAGAUAAGAAAGAUUCACCGAAAGAUAAAAAAUCUUACAAGAAAGAUCAUAAAAGUUCUUUUUCUAAAAGUUCCACAUUGGGUUCUAAUGAAAUUAAAAUUGUUAAACCAUCAGAGAAACUUGAUGGAAAAGAAAAGAGAAGUGAAUCAAAAGAUAAAGGUAAACGAGAUGAAAAACGUAGUUCAAAAGAUGUAAAGUCAAAAAAUCAUGUAAGUACUAAAUCGGAUUCAACUGAAAAAUCUGAGAAACAAGAUAUAAAGAAAAUGAUUAAAAAUGAGAAAGAUGAGAAAAUUGAGAAAUCUGAAAUUAAAAAAGAUGCUAAGUCGGGUAGUGAAAAAAUAAAUGGCAAAAAGGAUACAAAAAAUCAGAUACAAAAUAAAAACCCCAUUAGAAACGAAAAAUUAGAUAACAAAAAAGAUAGCAAGACUGAUUCACAAAAUAAAGAUAAGAAGCGGAAGGAAGAGAAAAAAUCCAAGUCAAAAGAUGAUCACUCUAGUUUAAGAAAAAAUUCUAGUGAUCGGCGUUCAACAGAUAGAGAUGGUUCAAAUGGAUCUAGUAGUAAAAGCUCACAGUCUAGUAAUUCUAAUUCCAAUAUUGGAAGUAAUAAAUCAAGUUCAUCAACUUUGUCUAAAGAAACAAAUCAUAUGAGCAAUUCUGGUAGCGAAACAUCAGACAAUACAGAAGAAACGCAUACAAAUGAUUUAAGGUUAUCAUCAGAUCAACUGGAUUAUAAAUUUGAUAAUGUAGAGUACAAAACAAAUGAUAGCAGUAAUUUUGAAAUGCACGGUAAGCAGGAACAACCAGAAUUGAAUGAUGUUAAUUUACCCUUGAAGAAACGACCAUUACUUGGUGAAGAUAAUAGUGUUUCGGGAGAGAUGAAGCUAAAAAAACCAAAAUUUGCAAAGAAUAUACAUGAAGCUAAGAAAUUAAUGAAAAUUAGAAAACAAAUAGAGAAGCAAAAGCUCAAAGAAAAUAAAAAGGUAGAGAAAAAAUUUCAACCAAAAGUAGAACCUUUAAUACAAUCCAAUUCUACAAAUAGUGAUAACUUUGAAAGCGUACCAGAUGAAGAACGCGUUCAAAUAAUAGAGAUACCAGAUGAAGAAUACGAAGAACCAUAUCCUGAAAAUCAUACUAAUUUAACAUUAGAAGAAAGAUCAAUAAUGAUGUUGCAAAGCGAAGCAGGUGCAAAGGAUUUGUUAGAAGUGCACUCUGAUUUAAAAUUAAAAUUAUCGGACAUGGAGCUGUGCAUACAGAAAUCAUUAUGCGAAACUCUUCCCAAUAAAAAACUAGAAAAGGGAUCUCCACAGCAAGCAAGUACUGUUAUGCAGACAACGCAUACCAGCAAUGAAAAAAAUGACAACUUACAAAAUAAAGAAUUUCCAAUAUCUACAACAGGAAAAACUAUAAAAACUAAUGAUGCUUCUGAAAAGAAGGAAGUGUCACAAGAAGCUAGUACAUCUAAACUAGAAAAAAGUAUAACGUGUCAAGAAAUAAAUUCUUCUGACAGUAGUACUAAAGAGACUAGUGAAAACAAAACAAAAGACCAGGCAAACGUAUUAAGACCUAUUAUAGAUCAUACAGGUCAUUCAAAACACAAGAAGAAUGUUGAAAUACCUGUUACAUCGACAUCUAAAGACAAAAACAUUUUCCAAGAUACUCAAAACAAUAGCUGCUCCAAGUUAUGUAGAGAUAUACCUGAAGAAUAUCAUCUGGUACAUGUUAACAAUGAAUCUCAGGCUAUAGAAUCUACCUCAGUGGCAAUCGAAGACAAUGAAGAUUGUCGUUAUUUCAAAGCAGAUAACGAGAAGUCAGAAAAAUUCUCUAAUUUCUUAGAAUCAUUGGAAUUAGUAGAAAAUAGUUCGUUAGAAGAAAUAAUAGAGAGUUUAGGAGGUCAAGUUGUAUCUUCGAUGCCAAAAGCUAUGGCACCUCCUUUACCAAAACGUAAACAUUCAACCAGCCCUUUGUCAGAUAUAUUGUUAAAUAAUUCAAACAAUAACAAUGAUGGCCAUAAGAAAGCGUUGAACAUACCAAACGAAGAUGUUUUAAACAAUAUAAAGAAAAGAAAACUUAUCGGACCCAAGAAGCAAAGGUUACAACCAAAUAUAUGUACUCCACAAGGAUUGUUAAAUGGGGAAAAUUUUGUUAUGCCUCUGAGCCCGGAAAGUGAUGUAUCCGCGACCAGUGAAAAAAUACCAUCAUCAAAUUUAAUUAAGGAAGACAAAGGCCGGCAUAGAAGCAGUCAGCGUUAUUCAAGCGAUGACUUAUACAAACCACGUCCAUUAUUUGCAAGUUCUUCUCGCAGAAGUAGGAGAUCUAACCAGGCAUAGCUAUUAGUACGUAGUUUCAGGUGGUAAAUUAUCUUUUACUUUAUGUAUCAUAAAAAGGAGUUCUAGUUGUUGAUUCUAAUAAUAUAUUACAUGCUAUAUUUGAAUCAAAUAUUUUUAAACUCAUUAGUACAUGUAAUUCUGAAGUGACCAAAUGAAGUGUAUAGAUUACUAUUUACACUAUAGUGUCAUGAAAUUUUAUUUUCUAUGCAAGAAAUUGAAAUUAAUAUCUUCAAUGAUAUUUUAAAUGUAUUUUACAUUUUAAAAUAUUCAGAAAUUCUUAUGGAUUAAUACCCUUUAAGUGUCUUUUCUUUCUCUAAAAGAAAAUUGCCAUCACACUUAAUUAGAAAAAAUGUAAAAUAUUUGGAAAAACCAUUUGUUUAACUAUAAUAGUAACGACUACUUAUGUAGGCAUAUUCACUCCAAUUCAGUAUUAAAGAAAUAGGUACUUCCGUGUAUUCUUCUAUGUCGGUGUUGUGUAAAAUAUGCUCAGCCUAAUACUUAAAAGUGGUGCAUAUCGGUAAAAAAAUGUUUUACUUGUAUAAUGAUUUUUCUUAACUUAGUAGUAUAAUAGAACAGGUUUUUCACAUGCUACUCCAUUUCAGAUGUUGCACUUGUAAUGUGAUAUAACAUUAUAACAUCUGCUUAUUAAUUCUUUAGUUUUAUUUAUUAAUAAUAGUGUUUUUGUUUUAAUUUUUAAUCUUUUAUGAUCACAUAAUUUUUUGUACUUUUAUAGUUAUAUUUUAUAGUCAUAUUUAUGAUUCUUCACAAGUAUGGUAGCUCAAACUAUGUAUACAUACAUACCUAUGUGUGUAAGUACACCAUACUUUAAAUGGCAUUUUGGUCCGUCUAUCAUGUUUUGUAUAUAGGAUCCUGUUAUUCUGACUUUUAUAGUUUUCUAACGCAUCUCAAGAAUCUUAAUAGUUUUAAUUCUACAUAUAAUGCGUUGGUUUCGUUAUUACUAAAAAUUAACCACAUCUAUAUCUAUUCCAAUCUAUAUUUCGACUGUUUAAAAUACGGUAUCCAGUGCAGAUCGAUCUUAAGCUUAUGAAUGUAACUAAUUUUAAUUUGUGGAUAUAUUUUAUGUGAAAUCAUAUUUUAGUUGAUCAUAGUAUAUAAAUAAUUACUAAUAUUAGGAAUAUUACAUGUUUCCUGUCAACAUGUUACUUGAUUUACUGGAAUACUUAACUAAUCUUUUACUAGCUAAUACUUAACUAAGAUCCUCAACUAAUGUUUCUUCUCUAUACUGAUAGUGAGUUUAUCAAUUGUAUCAUGAAAAAUGCGUUAUUUUUUUCUUUCCUUUCUGAGGACUUCGCUGUUUCUUGUGAAUGACUUAUGAUUAGAUUUAUAAUGAUGUGCACCACUUCUUUGUUAUAAUUUAAAAAUUGGUAUACCCGUCAGUGUUGAUUCAUUGAUACUUAUAACAAGUCAGUGAACAUGCACAAUACAUCUUGAUAUACCUUUCUAAAUAGAACAUGCACUUAAUAUAUAUUUUGAAUUAGACAUUUUUUUAAGACAAUUUCUUUAGAGACAAUAUAGUACCAUAUUAUGGAAAUUCAUGAAAAUGUGAAUUAUGAGGUAUGUACAUAUAUUAGAUUGUAACAUAUUAUUCAAUUUGAUUAAAAUUCAUUGUAAAAUUUUAUCAUUUCAAAUGUAUAAAUUAUUGUGGAUAAUGUAUAUUUAAUUUACAUACCUGUAUUGAAUACCAUAUGUUUAUGUAGCUGUUAUUCAUAAAAACAAAGUUGAAGACAUUAAUAUUUUUUCAUACUACAUACAGUAAACUUUUUGUACAAAGUUCGAUUUAUUAUAAAUAACACACAGAUUUGCAAUUAAUACUGUGCAAUUUUCAUUAACUUAUUAUGUACACAAUAUAUAAAAUGAGUGCAGAAUGUAUUUAUAGAAUUAUACAUAAAAUUAUUAAUAUAUGCAUUAUUUAACUCAAACACAAUAAUUAUACUUUAAAGUAAGGGUUUUAUAUGAGAUUGCAAAGAAUUUUAUAUCUCUAAUACCAAUUUUCUUUUCAAACUGUUAUUUCUUAAUGUUUAUAAGUUGAUUGAAAAUGUCUGAGGAUACAGACUUGAUAAGCUAAAAGUAUAAAGAAUCGUUAGUAAAAUUAAGAUCAAUCUUGUUUAAACUCCUUGAGAAAUUUUUUUACGAUUCAAUUUAGCAAGGAGGAAGAAAUAAAAACUAGUUAUUCUGUGAUGUUAAAAUAAAAAAAGCAAUAGCUUCCAUAAUUCUUUUUAAAAUAAUGAAAUAGCAACGAGUAAAUUGCAAUGCAAGAAAACCAUUCAUUUCCGCCAUAUUAAUUGUAAACGGUAUCACAUUUUCACUAACUAUCUAAAAUUGUACCAUUAAUUUUUUACGAAAACGUUAUAUUAAUUAAUUAAUAAGCGUGUUUUUAAUUCUGUAAAUGAGUAAGUUUGUAUAAAUGUAAUGUUAUAUAUAUAUACAUAUAUAUAUAUAAACUAGAAAUACGUUACUUCGUAUAGUGUGAAGAUAUUGUAGAAUAUUUUUUCCAACUUUUUAAACUAUUUAUUGCCAUAUGUAAUAUAAAGCUAAAAAAAUUUAUAAAACCCAUUACUACUAUGAUUGCUUUUAAAUAAAGCGAUUUUUUGUAUACAUGUUAAACAGUUCGUAAGUAUUAAGACCUUCCUCUCUAUUUGUAACUCUCGAACCGGAUACACUAUAUUGUAUAUCGCAACAAGUACCGUUUAAGAAUCUUUUCGAUGAGGUUUUAGAAAUAUGAAAAAAAAUAUUUGUUUUAUCUGGUGAACGUUGCAAAUGAUAAAAGCGAAAUAGAAUUGUAUAUAAUCGUGUACGUGGAACGAUAAUACGAUACGUGACCACAGAAGAAAAAGAAUUACAAACCGAGUGUAUUAUAAAAGAUAUGAAGUUGGUUUAUUAGAUAAUUAAUUGAGUUUUAUGUUUGAUAUUUCUGUUAUUUGUCAAUUCAUUCAGUUCCACAAAAAUAACUUAUAUAGAAUUAUGUUAGUCGACCUUGCCAUUUAACCGAACGUCAUAAAUCCAUAUACAACGCGAUCAAAGACCCUCCCGUAUUAUUCAAAAUAUUACAUAUUCAUUUUUUACGUAAAUAUAUAAACGAACAUCGUUAUUUUUAGUUCAAUUUGUUAAUAAAAGAAUUACGACACCUGUACGCGUAGAUGCGUGAUAAUAACGAUCCUUUUGUUUUAUGAAUAAAAACCACAAUUUGUGAACAAUUAUCGUAUGUUAUCUACCUCUUAUAUGUUUAUAAAGCCAGUUCAUUAUCUGUAAUGUUGAAUUGUCUAAUGAAUGGUAUAAAAUAAUGAGUCUCGUUCACCGUGUGUAAAUA